UUAACAGGUUGGGAAAAUCCAGCAAGGCAUUUAACGUCUUCGAGAGUAUAUAUGUGCCAAAAGUUGCACGGCAGGGGCACAAAUGAGUCAAACUUUAAACGGAGGGCAUAUCUAGACAUUUUCGCAAAGUUCAGGAGUAUAUUUGAUCCUUUUCCCUUCUAUAUAUAAGAACACAAGAAGUACUUUCCCCCACCAAUGAGGGACAAAGUUCCACAAAAUGCCUUUGCAAAAUGAAAUUUAUUUGAAUAUUCAUUUCCUUCCAUUUUAUUUUCCCACCAUUUCCCAAUUCACACUAUACUCAUCUUUAAAGCCCAACACAACUUUUCCAGGUCAAGAAAAUAUGGUAGCCAAUGACCAAUUCAACAUUUGAUUUAGGAGACCGGGUCCAACAAGGUCAUUGACUUUGUAACAUUACACGAGACUUGAAACAUUAUAUUUAUAACUUAUAGGUGUAAUACUUUCUUACAUGGAUUUUGUAGCCGUGUUUCUUGUUGGUCUCUUAUUGUUUCCCCUUUCAGCCAUUGCUCAAUCUUACCAAAAUGUUAGUCUGGGUUCAUCACUCACUACAAGUGAUGUUACAACCUUUUGGCCAUCCCCUUCUGGCGAAUUCGCUUUUGGCUUCCAAAGAAUUGGAAAUGGAUCAGGGUUCUUACUAGCCAUAUGGUUCAACAAAAUCACAGAGAAAACCAUAGUUUGGUCAGCCAAUAAGAAUAGUCUUGCCCCAGAUGGAUCCAAGGUUCAGCUCUCCACAAAUGGGAGACUAGUCCUCACUGAUCCAAAUGGUCGGAAGAUGUGGGCUCGUCCUAGGGCUAUUGCUGAAUUGGCCUAUGGAGCCAUGCUUGACAAUGGAAACUUUGUGUUAGCAACCAGCAGUUCAGCCACUGCAUGGCAGAGUUUUAAUAAGCCAACCGAUACGAUUUUGCGUGGUCAAGUACUUAAUCUAGAUAACAGUCUUGUUUCAAGCUUCUCUGACACGAAUUCAUCGAUUGGGAGGUUCAAGUUCAUACUUCAAACUGAUGGAAAUCUGGUGCUUUACAAGGUCAAUUACCCAGCAGUUGAUGUAACAGAUGCAUAUUGGGUAACCUCGUCAGUUGGCAGUGGUUACCAGGUGAUCUUCAACCAAUCCGGCUAUAUUUUUCUUCAAGCCAAGAAUGGAACUCUGUUAAAUUCGAUAUUUUCCAAUGGGGAAAACCCAGGAACCCAAUCAAUGUAUCAUCGAGCGAUUCUUGAAUAUGAUGGAGUAUUUAGGCACUACGUCUAUCCGAAAACUUCUAGUGGGAUGCAGAUGGAAUGGUCUACUUUGUAUUACGUUCCUGAAAACAUCUGUCUGGCUAUCAGCCAAGAUAUAGGAGGAGGGGCCUGUGGUUUCAACAGCCUUUGCUCAGUGGUUGACCGGAGGCCAAGAUGUGAUUGUCCACUCGGAUAUAUGUUGAAUGAUCCGAACGACAAAUUAGGCAGCUGCAGACGAAAUUUCUCUGAGCAAGACUGUAACCGUGAAUCGAUAGAAGUCGAGGCUUUCACUUUCCAAGAAAUAAACAACACUAACUGGCCUGACUCUGAUUAUGAGUCUUACGGGGGGGUUUCUGAGGAUUGGUGCAAACAAAAUUGUUUGAGUGAUUGUUUUUGUGUUGUUGCCAUUUACAGUGGCAAUAACAUUUGUUGGAAGAAAAGGUAUCCACUUUCAAAUGGGAGGAAAGAUCCAACAGUUGUAGGGAAGGCUUUGAUAAAAAUAAGGAAAGACAACUCCACAAUGGGAUCAUCAACUUGCCAAAAAAGAAAAAAGAAAAAUCAAUCGACUCUAGUAAUUUCUGGUUCUGUGUUGUUGGCCAGUUCAAUUUUCAUGAACUUAAUCGCCCUUCUGUACGUUUUUAAGUUUAAAGGGAAAAAGCCAAAGAAGAUUGUGGUUGUUCCAUGAGUGAACUUAAGAAGUUUUAGCUACAAUGAGCUAGAAGAAGCUACAAAUGGAUUCAAGGAAGUAUUAGGAACUGGGGCCUUCUCAACAGUUUACAAAGCGGUUCUUGAUGACGAAAAUGGGAAAGUUGUUGCUGUACAAAAACUAAACAAAAUGGUAACAAAAGGAGAAGAAGAAUUCGUAGCUGAAGUGAAUUCAAUCAACAGGACUAAUCACAAGAACUUGGUCCAACUCCUUGGAUUCUGCAACGAAGGCCAACACCGCCUUUUAGUAUAUGAAUACAUGAAAACCGGCUCAAUAGAACACUUGCUAUUCAAAGAUUCCAGGCUUAGCUGGUCCAAAUGGGUACAAGUUGCUAUUGACACUGCCAAAGGACUUGGCUAUUUGCAUGAAGAGUGCAGUACCCAAAUUAUACAUUGUGACAUCAAACCCCAAAAUGUGCUUUUGGAUGAAAGUUUGACAGCAAAAAUAGCAUAUUUUGGUAUGGCCAAGCUUCUGAGAAAAAAUCAAACUCGAACAACCACUAGGAUACGUGGAACGAGAGGGUAUGUAGCCCCAGAGUGGUUCAAAAAAGUGCCUAUAAAUGUGAAGGUGGAUGUGUACAGCUUCGGGGUCUUGCUCUUAGAGUUGAUUUGCUGCAGAAAAAAUUAUGAGCAGGAGGUGGAAAAUGAGAACGAAAUUAUACUAGUGGAGUGGGCUCUUGAUUGCUAUAAAAGAAACGAAUUGCAUCUACUUGUGGAUAAUGAUGAAGAGGCAUUAGUAGAUAUCAAGAGGUUUGAGAAGUUCUUGAUGGUUGCUAUUUGGUGCAUUCAAGAAAUUCCAGCAUUAAGGCCUAGCAUGAAUAAAGUCAUACUAAUGCUUGAAGGUUCUGUUGAGGUGUCAAUUCCUCCAGACCCUUUUUCCUUUAUCAAUUUUGUAUAGCUCAACCAUGUUUUUCCUUAUUCUUCUGUUUGCACCUAAAGAGUAGCAAUAACCUGUGUACUCAAUGUACCUUUAAAAAAAAAAAAAAAAAAAAAAGUGUACUCAAAGUCAAUUUUGUAUCUGUAUAUUCAGUGCAAUAUGCUUCUUGAAAGGGUAAAGGGUCAAAAAUACCCCUCCACUUUGGAAAAAGGGCUAAAAAUAUCCUCCGAACUUAUUUUGGAUCAAAAAUACC